AACAAAGUGGUUCUGUUGUUUUGAUCCGAUUUUCAAACAGACUUUCACUAGUUUCCGGCGCGAGUUACCGCAAAAGAUGGCCCACGCGCAAGCCCCGCUGCGCCCGUUCAACACGCCCGGCCUGCUGCACUCGGACCGCGAGCGCUGGGUGUGCAUCUAUCCGGCGUACCUGAACCGGAAGAAAACCCGCCAGGAGGGACGGCGGCUGCCGCUGGCCCACUGCGUGGACAAUCCGACCUUCCAGGAGAUCCGGGACGUGCUGCAGGUGCUCAAGCUGAACGUGAUCGUCGAGAACAAGCUGUACACGCGGGAGAAGAGCAAGGAACUCGCCUACCGUGGCCGCAUCCGGGUCCAGCUGCGCCAGGACGACGGCGAACCCGUGCUGGAGGAGUACUCGACCCGGGACAGCGUGCUGCUCUAUCUGGGCGAUACGAUUCCGCAGCUGAAGACACGCAUGGGCAGGGCGGAAAACGCGACGCUGCUGCAGCAAGCCUCGUCGUCCAGCGGUGGAGCCGGCGGUAGUGGUGGUGGCGCUGGCGGAAGCAGUUCCGGCGGCGGCGGACAGUCCCACAAAAAGGGCAAGGGCAAGAGGCGAUGAAGGAGGAGUCGGGAUGAGAACAGUAUUUUGUUCGAAACCUUUACAAAAGUGCGUUUGCUUUGCGACGGAUAAACGUGGAAUGCGUCUUCGAAAGCUCAGAAGAAGGGGUUUGGUCGCUGAAAUUUAAUUAAUAAAUUGAAAUGUAACGCUUUGAA